CCGUCUCAAAUAUCGACAAUUCAAUGUUCUUAAAAUAUCAAAUUCUGGUGGUGCUGCAAGUUUUAGUACUAGGCCUGGUUAAAGGCAGAUUGAAGGAAUACGAUCCUUGCAAUUUCGAAGACCAAAUCUUUCCAGAAUUUGAAUGCAGAAAAUCAUGUCGUGGUGUUAUUGAGGCACCAGGCGGAAAAUGUGUUGAUGGCCUAAAAUGCUGCCAUUUAACAAAGCAGAUUUCUAGGCAAGAAGUCCCUGAAUACGGAUACUGUCUUCUUGAUAAAGUAAUCGAUGAACAAUUUGAAUGCAGAAAAUUAUGUGGUGAUCUUACAGAAAUUACCAAGGGCAAAUGUGCUACCGGACUAAAGUGCUGUUUUACAAUCAACCCGAAUUUUGGGAGAAGAGUGACGACCGCUCCGGAGGUGUUAGUAGAGCCCCUUUUCAGAUAGGCUGACCAGCUCAAGUUAUGAUUGUGUACAUCAACAAUCGAUUGAAAAUAUAUUUGUUGUCCUCCAACUUUUACAAAUACA